CCCGACUCCCUGGUUAUGAUUGAGAAACUGAUUGCUGCAGAGAAACUGAAGAAGAAAACCCAAGACCCGUCAGCUUUUGAAGUCUCUCCUCGGCCUCAGCUCGACUUGAAAGUAUCCAGGAAGUUGCCCAAGAUUUAUGGGGACAUUCCUCCUGAGGUUGUGGGGAAGCCUUUGGAAGACCUUGACCCUUUCUAUGUGAACCACAAGACAUUCAUGGUGUUGAACAAAAAGAGGACAAUCCACCGCUUCAGUGCCAAGCCAGCCUUAUUCAUUCUUGGGCCUUUUAACCCAAUCAGGAGGUUGGCCAUUCGCAUCUCAGUCCAUUCAUUAUUCAGCAUGUUCAUCAUAUGCACUGUUGUUGUCAAUUGUGUCUUCAUGGCUGCAGCAAAAGAAAUGGAUGAAAAUAAAUAUGCUGAGCAUGUUUUUACUGCAAUCUACAUUUUUGAAGCAUUGAUUAAAAUAUUAGCAAGAGGACUUUUUCUGGAUGAAUUCACUUACCUUCGAGAUCCAUGGAACUGGUUGGAUUUUGUUGUCAUCCUGCUGGCAUUUCUAUCGUAUAUGAUAAAAACAUUAGACAGUGUGUCAGCUCUAAGAACGUUUCGAGUCCUCAGAGCUUUAAAAGCCAUCUCAGUCAUUUCAGGUUUGAAGGUCAUUGUUGGGGCCCUACUGCGCUCAGUCAAGAAACUGGUGGAUGUGAUGAUUCUGACCAUCUUUUGUUUGAGCAUUUUUGCCUUGGUGGCUCAGCAGUUCUUCAUGGGAAGUCUGAGGUAUAGAUGUAUCAACAAGUCCUGUUUGAGUAAUGAGCCUUUACCAAAUGGAACCUGUACAUUUCUCAAGGACGAUGCUGAAUUUCUAGAAAACUGCACUGAAAAUAAAACUGAAGGCUCAUCUGAAAAAAGGUUAUGUGGCCUCUGGAUGGGUAAUAGAUCAUGUUGCCCUGAGUAUGUUUGCUGUAAAACUAAGAUCAGUCCUGAUUCUAAUUUUACGAACUUUGACCAUUUUGGUUGGGCCUUUCUCAGCAUGUUCCGUGUGAUGACUCAGGAUUCCUGGGAACGCCUUUAUCAGCAGACCCUCCGAGCUGCUGGGCCACUUGCUGUAGUGUUUUUUGUGGUCGUCAUCUUCCUGGGCUCUUUUUACCUGAUCAACCUGACCUUGGCUGUCGUCACCAUGUCGUAUGAGGAGCAGAACAAAAAUGUGGCAGCUGAGACAGAAGCCAAAGAGAAAAUGUUCAGAGAGGCUGUGGAGCUGCUGAAGCAGGAACAGGAGACUCUAGUUGCUAUGGGAAUUGAUAGGAGUUCACUCAAUUCCCUUGAAACAUCAUCCAUUUCUUGUCAAAAGAGAAGCCUGUUUAGCAACAAGAGAAGGAAAUCCUUCCUUGUGGGAAAUUCUGGGCAAGAUCAAGCUCCAGUCUCUGAUCCUGAUGAAGGUAUCCAAACAAAGCAGCUACUGAACCAAACCAAGCGCCUAUCCCAGAACCUAUCGGUGGAUUAUUGGGAUGACCACGGCGAUAUCUUUCAGAGGCAACGCGCCCUGAGCGCCGUCAGCAUCGUCACCAUCACCAUGCAAGAGUAUGAAAAGUCACAGAAGAAAUGCCUUCCCUGUCAGAAUAACUUUGUCUCCAAAUACUGCAUUUGGGAGUGUUGUCCCCUGUGGCUGCGCAUUAAAAGGAUUGUGGAGCUAAUUAUCAUGGAUCCCUUUGCUGACCUGGUUAUCACCAUUUGCAUCAUUGUCAACACUGUAUUCAUGGCAAUGGAGCACUAUAAAAAGGAGCAAGCCUUUGAUCAUAUGCUCAACGUAGGAAAUUAUGUUUUUACUGGAAUUUUUGUCGCAGAAAUGUUCUUCAAAAUCAUCGCCCUGGAUCCAUACUAUUAUUUUCUCCGUCCCUGGAACAUUUUUGAUAGCAUCAUUGUUGUUCUGAGUCUGGUAGAAAUAAUCAUUACAAAUGUUGCGAACUCAAAUUUGUCACUAUUACGUUCCUUAAGACUGCUGAGAGUUUUCAAGCUAGCCAAAUCCUGGCCAACAUUGAAUACUCUUAUUAAGAUUAUUGGCCACUCGGUUGGUGCUCUGGGUAACCUCACUCUGGUCCUGGCCAUCAUUGUUUUCAUCUUCUCAGUCGUUGGCAUGCAGCUUUUUGGGACUUCCUUCAAUAAAACUCGUAGUCUUAACUCCGUGAAAACUUCGGACCGGCGUUGGCAUAUGGGAGACUUCUUCCACUCUUUCCUAGUUGUAUUCCGCAUUCUCUGUGGUGAAUGGAUUGACAACAUGUGGGAGUGUAUGCGUGAGUCUCACCAUGUGCUGUGCAUUCUGGUCUUCUUGCUGAUCUUAGUGAUAGGAAACUUGGUGGUACUCAAUCUUUUCAUCGCCCUGCUGCUCAACUCCUUCAGCAGAGAGGAAAGAGAAGGGAAUGGGGCUGGAGAGGUGAGGAAGACCAAGCUGCAGCUUGCUUUCGAUCGGUUCCGCUGGGCGUUUCAUUUUGUGAAACAAGCCAUUUGGCAAUUUUGUAGCAGUCCUUUCAGGAAGCAAAGGCUUAGAAAGCCAAAAGAUGUGUCCAAAAAGCAUAAGGCUCAGAAUAAAGACAUUAUUCCACUGGAGUCAGGAAUAAACCUAGAGCAAGCAAACCAGGAAAAACUUUGCUCUCAGGACGAGACCAGUCCCCCUGAGUUCACAGGCCUGGGCUGUGUGCAGGAGAAUUUGAAUACCAGGCAUCCUUCAUUUAUUAAAGCCCCACUUGCUGAAGAAGAAGAAGAAGAUGAAGAUAUUGGAUCUCUGGAUGAAGAUGAGCCCCAGGAUUUCAUGGAAACAGAAUUUUGUAAACAGGAGGAAAAAGACCGUAUGAGCCCGGGAGCCAGGAGUGGAGAGCUUGAUGUAUUUUCUGAAGAAGACACUGAAUGGGUAGCACAGAAAUUGAAAGAGAAGUUUGACGCAAUCAGCUAUGUAUCUAAUUGCAGCACCAUUGAUCUGAAGGAUCUCAAUGUGUUGAUUCCUGAACUGAUUCUUGAAAAGAGGCCCGAGAGAUGUUUGCCCAAAGUCUGCAUCAAAUGCUUCCCCUGCUUUGCACUGAAUGUAAGAAAGUCUCCUGGAAUCCUUUGGCUGAACCUGAGGGUAACCUGCUACAGAAUUGUCAAGCACGACUGGUUUGAGAGCUUCAUUAUCUUCAUGAUUCUCCUGAGCAGUGGAGCUCUGGUAUUUGAAGAUUGCUACCUUCCAACAAAACCCGCCAUUAAGGAAUUGCUGAAUUUUACUGAUAAGGUUUUUACCUACAUUUUCAUCCUGGAGAUGUUUUUAAAGUGGGUAGCAUAUGGAUUUAGGAAGUAUUUCACGAAUGCAUGGUGCUUUCUCGACUUCGUCAUUGUAAAUGUCUCUAUCGUAAGCCUUAUUGCUAAUAAUUCAAAAUCAUCCUUGUCUUUUAAAUCCCUUCGGACACUGAGAGCCCUGAGGCCCUUGCGAGCACUGUCCCAGUUUGAGGGAAUGAGGGUUGUUGUCAAUGCCCUUGUUGGGGCCAUCCCAGCCAUCUUAAAUGUUCUGUUCGUCUGCCUCAUUUUUUGGCUCAUCUUCUGUAUGUUAGGGGUGAACCUCUUUUCUGGGAGAUUUGGAAAGUGCAUCACUCAAGUUGAAAAAGAAGCUAUAAACUACACCAUCGUUAACAACAGGACAUUGUGCGAAAUGGGGAUCCACCCUAAUGCAUGCUGGAGUAAUGCUAAAGUCAACUUUGAUAAUGUUGGAAUUGGUUACUUGGCUCUUCUACAGGUGGCGACGUUUAAAGGUUGGAUGGAUAUUAUGGAUGCAGCUGUAGAUUCAAGAGGGGUAAAGGAGCAGCCUGACUUCGAGGCAAAUAUGUAUGCCUAUCUCUUCUUUGUUGUUUUUAUCAUUUUUGGCUCAUUCUUCACACUUAAUCUUUUCAUCGGUGUAAUCAUUGACAACUUUAACCAACAGCAGAAAAAGAUAAGUGGCCAAGAUAUCUUCAUGACAGAGGAACAGAAAAAAUAUUACAAUGCGAUGAAAAAACUGGGAUCAAAGAAGCCCCAAAAACCUAUUCCAAGGCCUUUGAACAAAUGCCAAGCUUUUGUGUUUGAUGUAGUCACCAGCCAGGCCUUUGAUAUUUUCAUCAUAACUCUCAUUUGCCUUAAUAUGAUCACCAUGAUGGCAGAAACAGACCCUCCUGAAGGACCCAACGAACAAAAGAAAUUCCUUCUAGAAGCCCUCAACUAUGUCUUUGUUGUCAUCUUCACAGUUGAAUGUCUCCUGAAAAUCUUUGCUCUGAGGCAAUUCUAUUUUGCUAAUGGUUGGAACUUAUUUGAUUGUGUGGUCGUAGUGCUCUCCGUUGUUAGCCUUUUGGUUUCUAUACUGGAAUCAAGUAAGUCAAUUCCAUUCCCUCCUGUGCUCUUCAGAGUCAUCCGCUUGGCUCGGAUCGGCCGAAUACUCAGGCUUGUUCGAGCAGCUAAAGGAAUCAGGACCCUUCUUUUCGCACUAAUGAUGUCACUUCCUUCACUAUUCAACAUUGGACUUCUGCUCUUUCUGGUCAUGUUUAUCUAUGCCAUUAUUGGCAUGACUAAUUUUUCCCACGUGAAAUAUGAGGCAGGGAUUGACGACAUGUUCAACUUUCGAACCUUCGGCAGCAGCAUGCUGUGUCUCUUCCAAAUCACUACAUCGGCGGGCUGGGACGCCCUCUUAAGUCCUAUGUUGAGUCCAAGACAUUCAACUUGUAACCCAGAGAAUUCUUGUAAUUCUGAAAGUUCAUCUUGCAACUCAGAAAGUUCAUCUUGUCCCAGAAAUGACAUCAAACCAGGUAGUGAUUGUGUCAACUCUGUCAUGGCAAUUACAUUCUUUGUCAGUUACAUCAUUAUCUCCUUCCUAAUUGUUGUAAACAUGUACAUUGCUGUGAUUUUGGAAAACUUCAACACAGCCACUGAAGAGAGUGAGGAUCCCUUAAGCGAGGAUGACUUUGACAUAUUCUAUGAAACUUGGGAAAAAUUUGAUCCCGAAGCAACACAAUUCAUUGAAUACUCAGCACUCUCAGACUUUGCUGAUGCCUUGCCAGAUCCCUUACGUGUGGCCAAGCCAAACAGAAAUCAGCUUCUAGUGAUGGACCUGCCCAUGGUCAGUGGCAAUAGACUCCACUGCAUGGAUAUACUGUUUGCUUUUACCACAAGAGUGCUGGGGGACUCAGAAGGCAUGGAUUGCCUCAAAAGCCAGAUGGAAGAGAAAUUCAUGGAGGCCAAUCCUAACAAGAAAUUAUAUGAACCGAUUGUGACCACCACAAAGCGCAUGGAAGAAGAGAGGUGUGCUGCUAUCAUCCAGAAGGCCUAUCGACUGUACUUGCGGAAGAGUAAUGCCAAGAAAACAACUUCCUUACCACAUCAGACGGUUUGCAAUGGAGCCAUUGGUAACUUAGAAGUACCUGAUGGCAAAGUACACUUUGACUGA